AUGCCUUGCAGUGACGAAGAGUUCGAGAAGCCGACGAUGAGAGCGCACUCAAUUUGGAGACUUUUCCAGAUCGCCUUCGCUUUCGCAACAGUGUUCUUCCCCUUGGUUUUUGUAGCGACAUUGCUGUGUCUUUUCGUUACGAUCCCUGCCUGGACGAUACAGGACCCGCCGGAAGAGAAUGCAAACCUCCCCAUUGACCCUCAUGAUGAAUCGUUCCUAACGACGACGGUGCUAAUCAACAAAGUCGCGCUUACCAGCUCGUUUGCCUCCAACGUUGCGCAGUGGGCCGCUGUGCCAUUUCUGCUACUUUACUCGUUUCUCGUAGCGCUUGAGCUAUCGAACCGACACCAAGUAAUAGACCAAGAUAUGAAAAAACUUUUACAUGGCGACCAAACGUUUCUUCUCAACUGGACUGUACUUCGGUUAUGGCGUGCUCGGAAGACAAACAUUGCGAGUGGAACCAGGAUCGCCGGUAUUGGCGCUUUUUUAUGUGUAGUUCUUACUUUUCUUCUGCUAGUCGGAGACAAAGUAUUGUCAGGAACACUCACUCCAACGUUACAGCGGGUCUAUGAAAGCACAUCCCCAGGCCCUGACUUUGUGCCAGAUGAUUCCCUGGUCUUUGGCGGUUUCAAGAUUGAUGAAACGAGAUGCCCAUUCAAUGAAACGCUCAUUGGCAUCUACGAUCACGACGCUUCUCCGCCGUGCACAAUCAAUGGAUCGAGCAAACCUUGGACACUCUGGGAUGCCCCAUCAGCAUAUCGAGUGCUUGCGACAGGACUGUUGAAUCAAACAGGAGAAUACAACAACGAGGAUUUCAAUACCCUAAACGUUGCCUUUGAUGCUGGCGCAUUCAUAUAUACCCAGCUUGUCACGCAUGUCGACAACGCCACGAAUGAACAGCACGUUCUUUACUUCAAUCCAUGGUCAGCCGAGGAAUACAGCUAUAGCCCAGAAGCGAGCAAAUUAGAUCUGACGAAUCAGGACGUAGAAAGAGUUGGUCUCGACUACAUCGCCGAAACGAUUUCCGUUGUCACCAAGUGCACUGCAAUCACUACGGACUGUGGAAUUUACAAUACCACAAGUGAUGCUUCCUCUAUACCAUAUCACUGCUCUAACAGCUUCUAUGGCGACUUGAAUGAGAUACCAGCAAAUGGACUAGAGCGUCUCAAGGGCUGGAACACAACGUUCUUCGACUUUCACAACGACCCUUCGCUGAACGUUUCCAUCGCAUCCCAACUGAACCCAUUCAGCUACAACGUCACAGCUGUUGUAGACAGUAUCGAUCUGAAUGGCCUCAUCAACUAUGGGGAUCCACAGGUACCCCAAGGCAUUGUUGUUGAGAUCGGAGAGGGGCGUGUGGGAUUCGCAAUGUCGUGCAAUUCUACGGUCUACGACGUUACGUACUCACUCGUCAAUGGUAGCAUCCUGGUCUUCAACACGACACUGGCUGCUCCCAGCACCGCAGCCAUGAUCAAAGCACCACUACAAGCUGGCUUUGGUAGCUACGAACUUUUUGAGAAAGCUGCCAUGUCCGUGUUGCUAUCUCAUUCGACGAUUCUGGACGCGAUGGAGCUUGCCUUCAGCCAAACUUUUCUGGCGCUUGUGGCUGGUGUCUACAAUCCGGCUCCAUUCAUCGAAGAGCGUUGGCGCUAUGAUAUGACGGUCACGAAGAUUAGAAAAGCGCCAUUCUACUUUCUGGUUGUUUGCAUGUUCAUGUAUGCGAUCGUCGUUUUGGUAUUCACGUUGAUGGCUCUCAGUCUCUUCCGGAGGAGUGAUGUACGAGCUUUGCACAGUCAAUUGAUGUCCUAG